AUGGCUGAUCGCGUCCGUGUCCGAGGUGUCACGAUACAUAGACCGAUAAUAUAUGGCAACACUGCAACAGUCCUUACUCCUGCUGAACGGGAAACUUCUCACUAUCCCGACCACACUCAUCGGUGGACAGUCGCAGUUCGCAGCGCCACGAGCGCACCAGACUCUGAUGUUGUCGGUGGUGCAGACGAUUUAGGAUACUUCAUAAAAAGAGUCACCUUCAAAUUGCACGAUACAUAUCCAAAUCCAACCAGAAACAUCGAUAAGCCUCCAUUUGAGGUAUCAGAAACUGGUUGGGGAGAGUUUGAGAUUCAAAUCCGCAUCACGUUUGUAGCAGAGUCUGGCGAGAAAGCCACCACGCUAUACCACCACCUCAAAUUACAUCCUUGGUCAAUUACCUACCCUUUGCCCAAUGCAUCUUCAGUUCCCGCAGAGCCUGAAAUUCCGUCUCCCGAGAACGCUGCAAAGUUUGGGCCUGUGCAUAGCUGGCAAUACGACGAGAUUGUCUUUACAGAUCCAUUCCAAAAUUUCCUUACUCUUCUCACAGCACAUCCACCAACGCAACUCCCGAAAACGAGUUCAACCAAGAAGCCCAUUCCCUUUCACUCGUCUAACCCUGCGUCACUGGAAGCGAGUCUAAAGGGUGGCGUACCGGAGUUCACCAGUGCCAUGGAGAAAGAGGAGGCCGACAGGUUGGAAGAAGCGAAGGGCAAGAUUGUCAAAGAGCAGGAGAAGUGGCGAAGCAUCUUGAUAGAAAAAGAAAAGGAACUCGAAAGACUUCAGAAGCUUCUUGCAGCGAAAGAGUGA